AUGCCCCGUCAAACGAAUCCUCAACCCACCCAACAAAGUCCGCAAAAUCCGGUAUAUCCACCUGGGCAUGUCGUUUGCAAACAGAUAAAUAGAGAGCAGUUUUCCAGACGACAAGGAAAUGCUACACUAGACAUCUCUAGAACAACUACCUACAAUACGAACAAAAUCUUCAGCGACAUGGCACCCCUUCCAACUCGUCCCUUGGGCAAAAACGGGCCCCAAGUUCCUCGCCUCGGCUUUGGAACUAUGGGCUUGAGCGUCUUCUAUGGCCCUGUCAAGCCAGAUUCUGAGCGUCUAGCACUGCUCGACAAGGCAUACGAGCUCGGCGAGACAUUUUGGGACUCUGCCCAACUAUACGGCGACAGCGAAGUCCUCAUCGGCAAAUGGCUCGCCGCCAACCCCUCCAAGCGCAAGGACAUUUUCCUCGCCACAAAAUUCUACUACCGACUCGUCAACGGCGAGCGCGUCACCGACACGACCGCCGAAAACGCCAAGCGGUGCUGCGCCGAGUCUCUGGAGCGUUUAGGCGUCGACUCCAUCGACCUCUACUACGCCCACCGUCUUGACCCGAACACACCCGUUGAAGAGACUGUCCAGGCACUCGCCGAGCUCAAGGCCGAGGGAAAGAUCAAAUACCUUGGUCUGAGCGAAUGCAGCAGUGAAUCGCUACGCCGCGCAUGCAAGGUCCAUCACAUCGACGCCGUGCAGGUCGAAUACUCCCCCUUCUCACUAGAAAUCGAAUCAGAGCAAAUCGGCCUCCUCAAGACUGCGCGAGAGCUCGGCGUCGCCGUCGUCGCAUACUCCCCUCUCAGUCGCGGUAUCCUCUCCGGCACAAUCCGCGAACGACCAGACUACGGCGCAGACGAUAUCCGCGCGAUCCUCCCGCGAUACAGCAAGGAGAACUUCCCCAAGAAUGUCGAGGCGGUCGAUAAGCUGAGGGCACUCGCUGAGGAGAAGGGCGUCACGGUUACGCAGCUUACGCUAGCGUGGUUGUUGGCGCAGGGUGAUGAUAUCUUUCCGAUCCCGGGGACAACACGCGUCGAAGCUCUGGUUGAGAAUGUGGAGUCGCUGAAGGUUGAGCUUACGGAGGAGGAGGUGAGGAGGUAUAGGCAGAUUGUGGAGGAGUCGGAUGUCUCUGGCACGAGGUAUCCGGAGGCGUUUAGUGCUACGUUGUUUGUGGACACUGUGCCGCUUAAGGCUUGA